GUACUUCCUGAUCGAAUUUCCUCUAUAAAUUUCAAGGAAGAUUUGACUAUUUUCGAAUUGAACUCAUAACUUUUAAGAUGCAAAGCUAAGAGAAAACAGGAAACAGGCACAGAGAAGAUAAAUCAGUAAAUGAUGAGUCACAUUGAGAACAUGUCUCAUUUUAUACUGUCACAGACUGCCAUCCUCUGUCUUUUCUAUUUGGCUUGCAGUCUAGCUGUGGAGAUGAAGAGGUUCACAGCCAGUCCCACAAAUUCUCCCCUCCAAACUCUGUUGGUAAAAAGCAAUUCAGUUUACGUGGGAGGAAGAAACGCCCUAUUUCAACUGAGCUCAGACCUGGAAAAAAUAUCAGAAGUGGACAAGAGUCCAACAGAGAAUUGUGAAAACGAAGCCGGCUGUUUCAAUGAUAUAAAAAUUGUCCAGUACAAUGAAAGGAAAGAUUUGCUGCUGGUCUGUGGGACAUCUAGAAAUGGUUCUUGCAGUCUGCAUUCACUUAAAAACAUGUUGGUGUUUCGGGAUGUAGGUGGAGAAAACACUGGUCCGUAUGUUGGCAGUAAAAAAUCUUCAAAAGUUGUCCUGACAACAAAAGAUGAGAGUAGCACUUUAGACUUAAUUUUUGUUUUUCAUGAGUAUGAUGGUAGGGACUUUAACAAUUCACCCUUUGCUGUCUCUAUAAGAAAGCUAGAAUCUGCAAAUGCUGACCCAGUGUUAAAUUAUGCAUUAUACGACCCAGUUUUGCAUCAAAUCUCAGGGUUAGAUAUCAAUCGGACUAUAAAAAAUAAUUAUUAUAUGUCUUUUAUAUACACAUUUAAAUUUGAAGGUUUUAUAUAUUUUGUGAUGAACCAACAGAAGAGUUUGAAAUAUGAAAAUGAGGUCCGUGUUAGAAUUGGACGAAUUUGUUCUCAGUUGGACAUUAAACUAGAGUCUUAUGUUGAAUUGGAACUCUCCUGUCUUGAGGGUGAUUUAGAAUUUAACAAAGCUACUGAUGCAGUGUUUUUUGAAAACACCUUGUACAUUUCAACUGUCCGACUUCAGCCAUCCAACCGUGAUGACAUUGAUUUCAGCAAAGGGUCCGCAGUAUGUGAAUUCCCUAUAGCAAAGAUUAACAAUGGCUUCAGGCAAGGCUUACUUUAUUGUUAUGGUAGUUCCAAAGGUUCUCAACUAGAAUGGCCCAAGGCCGUUGAAGACGUGUGUGUUCAAGAUUCUGAGAGUUACCAGAAACUGUUGGCUGCAACUCAUCAAAAUUGUAAUCCUUCAUAUAAAAGCAAUCUUGGAGUAAGGGCAAGCACUCCCACCAAGAGUACACCUCCUAUAAUCAAACUGCCCACAAUAGUGACAUCCAUAAAACCUUACUAUGUUGCGGCAGACACAACUAAGAUGGUGUUCCUGGUUGGAGAUACUAAUGGAACUAUUAGAAAGAUCAGAAAAUAUGACACCCAAUAUAAAGAAUUUCUAAAAGUCAACCUUGGUCCAAAUCCUAUUAGUAGCAUAGAAGCAGAGUCGGAACAAAACAACAAUAUGUUUAUUCUAACUGGUGAUUCAGUAGUGAAAUUUCCUGCGUCCUCAUGUGGUCUUUACUUAGACUGUGAGGCUUGUAUAACCAGCAGGGAUCCACUGGGGUGUGGGUGGUGUGGGGACUCCUGCACUAACCAGUCUGAGUGUGCCGAGAAAGGCGAGUCUUGGAAAGCCACUGACAAUUUGUCAUGCCCCCCAAUCAUUUACUCUAUCAGCCCAAAAUCUGGCCCAACAAAGGGCGGAACAAAAUUAACAAUCACCGGUAAACUUUUCGGGAAUGAAAAAGCUGAAAAAAAAGUUACCAUAGGAAAAUUUGAGUGUGACAUCAAUGCAAUUGAGUCAAACUCUACUGUGGUGUACUGCAUUACUAGAUCAUCCGAUACUGAAUUCUACAAUGUUGUUAACAUUUAUGUACAUGAUUUGACCACCCCACUAGAACGUCCAUUUCAUAUCUAUGGAACGAAUAACUCUAAUGAUUUGUUCUUUUAUAAGGUUCCCACUGUUUCUACCUUUUCACCACAAAGAGGUCCACAGAGGGGAGGUACAAAAAUAACCAUUUUUGGACAGAAUUUGGAUAUUGGUUCAAGUAUCAAUGUGACUAUUGCCAAUAAACCUGCCUGCAUUGUUGACACAGACAGAACAUCUCCAAAUGAGUUAUACUGCACCACCAGAAAGUGGUCAGAAUCUCUUGGUAAAAGACGCCGUCGCUAUGCCAGCAGGGCUAAGGAAUAUGGUUCACUGCAAGUGAAUAUUGACAAUGAAAAGUUGACUGCACAGAGUAACGGAGAAGACAUUAAUUUCUUCUACAUGCCUGAUCCACAAAUAACAUCAAUCAGCCCUAAAAAGUCAAUACUGAGUGGAGGAAUUCCAAUAACAGUCACUGGCAAUAACUUAGAUGCUUCUGUUGCACCGGUUAUGGGUGCAACUUCUAAUAAUCAAGAAUUUGAUUCCACCACUACAUGCAAGGUUGAUAGUGGUGGAACUACAAUGAUCUGCCCUUCGAUAAAUAUUCCGAAACCAGAAAAUGUUCAAGCCUACUUUUUGUUUGAUGGAAAUAAAGUGGAGUUGCAGUCAUUUAUAUCGGACAUACAUUAUUAUCCAGAUCCAGUUAUUCUCAAAUUCAAAAAAACUGUCAUGCAAAGUGAAGUGGAUAAAGAAAUUAUUUUUUUGGGCAAGGACCUGCUGUCAGUCAACAAAAGGGACAUAAUUGUGACAAUUGGAGGCAAAUUGUGUAAUGUGACAUAUAUUGAUGCAAGUGAAUUUAAAUGCAAGCCAGAUGUGUCUGGAUUAAAAGUUGAUGGCGGACCAAAGUAUGCAGUCCAGAUUAAAAUAGGAAACUUGGCCUUCAACACAACAGAGAUUGGUCUCAUUGAAUAUCUACAAGCAGCGGCAACUGCUAUCUCAGGUGGCAUCAUUGCACUCAUCAUCAUCCUCAAUCUUCUUUUUAUUGCUGUCAUUAUACUGCUUAUAGUCAUGAGGCGCCAACGGUGUGGAUUCUUCAAACCACCAAAGUAUACAGUCAACAAUCAAGUCCAGUUCACUCAAGAGAAUACACCAUUGAGGGCGGAAUCUUUUCACACAAAUAAUCAGUACAGUGAUGGUGGUGCAGUGAGUGUAGGAGCUGAAGCCCAUGCCCACAUUGAUGAAGAGACCCUGAGGUUAAUUGAAUCAGAACAUCUUCUAGUGGACAGGGAUUGUCUAGUCCUGGCUGAUGAAAUAGGAAAAGGCAAUUUUGGAUGUGUGAAAAGAGGAUUUUUAACCUUACCUGAGCAGAAAGGAGACAUACUAGUUGCUGUGAAAACUUUACACGACAACAACCCAAGAGAUAUAGAGCUGCAAGGUUUCCUCCAGGAGGCCCUCAGGAUGAAAGACUUCAACCACCCGAAUGUGUUGGCUCUGAUUGGAGUCUGUCUAGACCUGGAUGAGAUGCCUCUUGUGGUCCUGCCCUUUAUGAAACAUGGAGAUUUACUUACAUACAUACGAGAUGAGAAAAAUCUACCUACUAUAAAAGAUUUAAUUAUGUUUGGCAUUGACAUAGCCAAAGGCAUGGAUUAUCUGUCCAGUCUCAAGUUUGUACACAGGGAUUUAGCAGCUAGAAACUGCAUGUUGGAUGAAGAGUUCCACGUCCGGGUGGCAGAUUUUGGUCUAGCCAGGGACAUCUAUGAGAAAGAAUAUUACAGCUCUGCUAACAAGAAGGCUAAGCUUCCAGUGAAAUGGAUGGCCAUUGAAAGCUUGGAGAAGGGGACAUACAGCCCAAAAUCAGAUGUGUGGUCAUAUGGUGUUGUCUUGUGGGAACUGAUGACCAGAGGUCUCAUGCCCUAUCCUGAAGUGGACAACUGGGAUAUCAUCAGAUACCUAAAGGCUGGGAGACGCAUGCCUCAUCCAAACUACUGCCCUGAUCAGCUAUAUGAAAUCAUGCAAAACUGCUGGGCCGAGAACCCUUCUGACAGACCAACCUUUGCCGAGCUGGUGGACGACAUCACGGACAUGGUGAAGCAGAUUGAGAUGAAGACAGGCAUGAUGAAGCGCAACAUUGAAUCCACAUACGUCAAUGUGGCAGAGUGCAGCCAUUACCACUACAGGGACGCUGUGGAUGGGAUGGGGAACGCCAGGUCCAAGAAAGACCCCUCAAACAACAAUCACAAAGUUGAGGAAGAGGAUGAUGUUUUUGAUGAUCAGCAAGUAACAGAGCACACGUCAUUAAAAGUUUAACCCCUUGCUCAUGUGUAAACAUGAAAGUGUAUUCAGUUGGUACACAGACUACUUUUAAAUAUUGUAUAUAAAAAUUUCGUAAAAACAUUUAAGUUAGGCUAGCAUAUUUAAUAGUAUAUUUUAUUUUUAUGUAAGUCCCAUUUACCUCACUACAACAUAAUUGUAUUUACAGUAUUUUCUUUGUAAUUUUUUUUUAAAUGAGUUGUAUUACAGAUUCAGUUUAUGUAAAUAUUAUUUUUUGGGGAAAAAUUUCAAGUAUUACACUUUCAUUUGUAAUUUUAUCAAAUAGUUUUUGCAUUUCAAAUAGGCCUAUUCAGCUAUCUUUAAUUCAUUGUAAAUAGUAUGACCAUGUUUAGGCUUUAAAAAAAAAACUACAGUAUGCUGUACAAGCUAUGAACAGUAACAUGAAAUAAAGGAAAACAAAAUACUUAACUAAGAUAGUCAAUAUCUGUUAACGAAUUAAUGUACAGUCACUUCUUGUAUCAUGUGAUAAUCACUCAGCUAUACACAAGUAAAGAACCUUGAAUUUUCUUUCACCUGUAUAUCAAUAUAAUUUUUUAUUUUUUUUUGUCAUGUUUCACAUAUAUCAUAAGCCUCAAAAUGUUUAAAUUUUCAACUACAUUAGUUAGUAUGACAAUGUCACUUUUUUAAUUAAAAAAGAUAUAUUUUCAAAAGUUGUAUCCAAUUAAAAAUAAUUAUAAAUAUAUACUCGAUUUGUUGCAAACGUUUAACUACAAAGAAUAAAUUGGUUUUUUUCUCUAUUAUUUAUCUUUCAUAUUGUCCCAAAAUCACAUAAACUUAUAAUAAAGUAUUGUCCCAGCAUAUAAAAGCAAUAUUGUACUUGUUUUCACAAUUUUUAAAUAAAUUUUAAAACAUUUUACAACCAAGUGCUAAUAUUUUAACUUGACAGUGCCUAUGUGUAAUAUAUGAAAAUCUUUUUUUAAUCUGCAGCAUUCUACACAUUUCAUUAAAUUGUGUUAACUGCCUUAACCGAAAUAAAUUUAUAUAAAAUUUUAAUAAAAGUGCUGAUAAUUGUUUUUACCAGAGGGCAAUGUAUAAAAGUUUUUAAAAAUUGAUGCAAAGGGAAGUUAUAAAAAGGGUGUACAUACUUUGUUAGUAUUUAAUUUAAUAAACUUAAAACAUUUUAAAUAACAGCCUUUAAAUUUGUAAAAAAAAAAAGUUUGUACAUAAUGUAUUCUAUUGAAUAAUUCAUUUUUUAAAUUCAUGUUUUUACAUUUUUAAAAUCUGCCUUAAAAUAAGUCUACAUGAAAAUUAUAGAAAUGUAAUAACAUGUUGAUAGUUUUUAAAUUUUCAAUGUUACUUAACUUACUCUUAUUUCGUAAAGUGAAACAGGAAAAUUAAAGUUUUUUUCUACAAACGUAGGUACAAAUAUUUAAUAUACACUAACUUUAUAAGCGUUUUAUUUGUGUUAUUCGAUGAAAAUGAUUAUAUUAAUUGGCAAUGUGUUAGAGAUUUAUUUAGACCCACAACCUUAUACAAAAAUUUUAUACUGAAAAAUGUUCACAUACCAUGUGCUAAUACAGAAUUACUCUUCAGCAUUUUGCAACAAAAUGUUUUUAAUUUUUUUUUUAAAGUUUACAUUUACUUUUAACCCUAAAAUGCUAAUUCAGUUUAUACAUAUUAAAUUAUUUUUCUCUCAUUUAAAUCAUGUUUUGUAAGUCAAUCACAUGUAAGUAUAUUUGAUAUUAUGGAGAAUUGUUCAAUCCAGAUUUCAAUUUUAUUAUAUCCUGAUGGGUUAACUCAGGAAGAAAACUGCUGAAAUAUGUCUUUAACAAUAUGUUCAGCUGAAUAUCUUAUCAGUUUGCUUUAAAAGUUCCUCAAGGUCUUGCAAAUUAUCUGAUAAAACAUAAAUUACAUCAUAAAAAUAAAUAAAGACUUUAAUCAGUUAUUGAAUUUUUUUAAUAAUUUAAU